AUGGCUGGAGUUAACACCAAGAGCGGCACUGUCGCCAUCGUAAUCGCCGUCUUCAUCAGCAUCGCCUUCUACAAUGUCCUCGAGCUCAACGCCUACAUAUUCGGCAGCUUCAAAAAGCGCAGCGGUCUAUACUUUUGGAGUUUUGUCAUUGCAACAUGGGGCAUCGCGUUCAAUGGUACUGGGUACCUCAUCUUGCAUCUAUCCCUGUCUGAGCAAAAGUAUAUCUACUCCACGCUCAUUCUUAUCGGGUGGUGCACUAUGAUCACUGGACAGUCUGUUGUUCUAUACUCCCGUCUACAUAUUGUGAUGCACAACCAGCGUUGGUUGAAGAUGGUCUUGGCUAUGAUCGUCGUCAAUGCGCUUUGGUUGCAUCUUCCUGUUAUCAUCCUGGUCUACGGCGUUGGUUCCUCAAACCCAACACCUUUCCAAAAGCCAUACGAGGUCUUUGAAAAGAUCCAACUCAGCGUUUUCUUUGUACAAGAGCUUAUUAUCUCGAGUCUUUACGUCUGGGAGACCACCAAACGUCUAAGGCUAGAGAAAAGCAUUGGCAAUACCAAGACGAAGAUGGUGCUUAAUCAUCUGAUCGUCGUCAACGUCCUGGUCAUCCUUCUUGACGUCUCUAUUCUUGCGCUUGAGUUUGCAAACCUCUUCGACAUUCAAACUGCAUGGAAGCCGCUCGUCUACAGCGUCAAGCUCAAGCUCGAGUUUAGUAUACUCAAUCGUCUCGUCGAACUCACAAGAGGACGUAACGAGAGUUCAUAUGGACCCAGCCACGGCGCUACUACUCAGCAUGCCGACGAGAUAGGCUUGGAGACCAUUAAUCAUAACAGAAGAAAGCAGUUCACCAGCGCUCAGGGGACGAUCACGGGUGAUUAUGAAGUUCGUGUUGGGAAGGGCGAUGAAAGUCAUCGUGUCUUUAACAACGAGACAGAUCUGAUUAAAACAACAGAGAUUACUGUUCACAGUGAGAGGUACCCUGGUCAUGACAGGGAGAGUUCGGAGGGCGAUUCGCCCGAGGGUAUACAGCACAUGCCCAGGGGUAGUGCGUCAUCGGCAUCUUCGGAAGUUCAAUUUGCGAAAUAUGGAAAUUAG